CGCUGUUUGUGCAGCGAUUUUGACAGUUGCGCUCAGCUCUGCUGUCCGUUUCGGGAGCGGUGGGAGGGCAGACGCAGUCAUAGUUACGGUCCGGCACGAGCUUAUAAGUCAAUGUUUCGAAUCGAAGUGCACACUACAACGUGGAGAAAAUGUUUCCGAGGAGAUGCGAGGAACAAAAGUGACCGUAAGACCAUAGAAAAAGACGGUUGUUCGGAUUACGAGCGAGAAUAUCAGCGGCUAGCCGCGGAGGCUAACGGUGGUUGUCAGCAACGUUAAUGUUGGUUGCCAGGCUGCGUUUGGCGGACUGGCGUCUUGCUGCUGGACAUUCUGCAGACUUGCUGUAACGUUAUUUACUCAUUGUGCCGUUUGUUGAAAACGACUCCCACCUCGAUUAAUCAGAAUUUCCAGCCCAUAAUAAAAAUGCGACUGAAGUGAUCGGCGAGAGGGGAGAUGAUGAGUUUCCAGGACGUGAGCUGGCUGGUGCUAGUGGCACUCUUCUGUGUCUCGCUGCUGGUCGUGCUAGCCUGGCUUGUUCAGUUCUCCCUGGCCUUACUGAGGCCUAGGAGAGGUGCCAGGCUCCAGCGGAGCGAAGAGAGCUCCUGGCAGCUGCCCCUCAGCCUCACCCACCAGACUCUGACGGGCGGAGUGUGGGGCUCCCUCCUGAGGCUCCGAUUUGGGCGAGAUGGCUCGGGAAGUGACACUGAGGCUGGGGUCAAAGGGCUCCUGUCCUCCCUCUUCGCGUUCAAGUCGUUCAGGGAACACUGGCAGAGGGCGUGGGUGAGAGCGCUUAACGAACAAGCCUGCAGACAAGGGAGCUCAAUUCAGAUCACCUUUGAUGACAGCCUUCAGCUCCCUACCUCUGCGUCCAUUGACCAUGUGACUUGCACAGACCAAUCAGCACACAGCAUGGUUUUGCAGUGCAACUGUUCCAUUGACAUGGUAACGUUCCCAGUGACUGUCACUCAGCAGUCACCGGCGGCCGUCUCCAUGGAUACAUACCAGAUCACCAUGGACCCCAUGAAGGCCCAGUUGCAGGUUUGUCUGGAGGAGGUGGAGGAAGAAGGCCUGCUGGUCUCUUGGACAUUUUCCCAGCAACCCCUGCCAUCCUUAACCGUGACUCCACGACAGAGAGUUCAGAGAGAGAGCUCCGAGGCAGAGGUGGACAUGGAUAUGAUAGCAAAGUUGGUGGAGGACACACUAUAUGCCACGCAACCUGCCAUGAUCCUCAACCUGAGAGCAUGUGUCUCCAGCCCUGCUUUUCCCAGAGAGAAGAAGGAAGGGAGCCAGAACUCUCCACAGCAGAACAAUGCUCUCAGACGCCUUUUGGUGCGUCAACUGAAAGCCUCCAGUGUGAAAAAAGGUUGCCAGGCUCAUGUCGGGGAGCUGUGCUGCGUCCUGAGCUUGGAUGUCCCCGCACUGGAGAAGAGAACACGCUUCCUCACACCUUCCACCAGCCCUGGAGCCACAUUGGACUGGGGAGAAGACCUCACGCUGGAUUUGCAACCAGAAACCAAAGAACUCAAAGUUAGACUUGUGGAGCGCAACAGCAAAGGAGAACAAUUCUUGCCGGGUCAUGCCUGCUUAUCACUGGAUCUCCCUAGGAGGAGUCCCAAUGGACUUCACAAACUGUCCAUCACACCAGGUCAUGGUCUGGCACCGACAGCUACUGUCACCUUGGAGCUCCUAUACAUGGAGUUGAAUGAUAUGCGUGGAUGUCAGAACGCCACACCACUUCGCUCCUCACUCACACCGUCCAAAAAGGUGGACGUGGACCGCACUAUCAUGCCAGACGGCACCAUCGUCACCACAGUUACUACCAUCCAGUCACGGCCGAAGCUGGACCGCAAGCUAGGCGAUUCUCCCUCUAGGUCUCCGUCUAAGGUGGAGGUGACGGAGAAAAGGCCGACAGUGCUGACAGAGAGCUUCCAGAGCCAAGCCAGCAUCAGCCCCACGCCCAGCACAGAAAGCCCCCUCUCAAAUGGGCUGGACCCCGUAGCAGAGACAGCCAUCCGGCAGCUGACUGAGUCAGCCAGUAAGGCAGCGAAGAAGACCCCCACCAAGCGCAGCACACUCAUCAUCUCUGGAGUGUCAAAGGUUCCCAUUACAGAAGAUGACUCUGCAUUGUCAGUGGGCUAUGCUGCAGCCAUGGAUGCUGCCCUGCAGGGGGACCACUCUCCAAGUGGAGCCCCAAACCACCAUGGAGCAACUCCCAACCAGGACGCGGAAGAGACCACGCCAUCCGACGUGUCUGAGCGGCCGUCGGUGGAUGACGUGGAGUCGGAGACAGGCUCUACUGGAGCGCUAGAGACACGCAGCCUCAAAGACCAUAAAGACAUUACGACUCCUGGUUCCUAUCACCACCAUUGUAAAGAGAUCCAAGUAGUGGGCUUUCUCCGCAGUGGAACGAAACUGCUGUUCCGCAGAAGGCACAAGCAGAAGGACCCCAGCUUCAGCCAGUCCCACGAGGACGUCUGCAACCUGGGCAACGACUCGUCCACAGCCUCCUGCUCCUCCAGCAGCCGCAAGAAGUCUGGAAGCUUCUCACGCCGCCUGAUCAAGCGCUUCUCCUUCCGUUCAUCUAAAAGCAAAGGCAAAAGUAGCGCCACCAACGGGGGGGCCAACACGGCCGACAACUGAGACACGGACAGAGAGAGAAACUGGAUAGACGUGGUGCGGGCGCCAGUCGAACGAGCAAGGGGCAGCUAGAGCGUUAGAAACAGUUCCUGGAACAAAAUGAAGCCUGUGCUCCCUUUUUGGGAGGUGACAGGCAUAGCCUUGACCCUCCUUGUCCACAAUAUUUGACCCAAACAGCCAUCGUUGCUUCACGAGUGUGAUGAGUACAUACGCCUCAGGCGGACGCACAUCUGUGCUCUGGCUAAUGUUGUGUUCAGGGCAGAAUUCUCAAAGAAACAUAGAGAAAAACAAAGGGAUUUGUCUCCUUCUGAAAUACCUAUUGAUUGUCUAAACUGUGGGUUUAAUAAUAGACUUUAAAUAGCUGCUUUCAUGGAGGAUAAGGGACAGAAGUGAAUUGAAAAUAGGAGGGGAGUGAAAUGCUGUAAGACUUGUUCAGCACAAGGGGGCGACAUAAACCAAUCCUUAUCACAGCCUCCCACAUUAUGUUGCUAUGUGUUUUUAUUAUUUAUUUAAUUUUCAUCAGUUGCACUUUGAAACUUUCUCUGAUUGUUUACAACGCUGGGGAGCUUUUUCUUCAUCGGUUUUCUUAUUUUGUGUAUUGUUUACUGUCACUGACACUAAAUUAUUACUCCUUACCAAACAAGGAUUUGUUAAUGGGUUAAUUAUGGUGAGGCUUAUGCUGUGCGCUUUGUUGUUUUGCUGUAGUUAAUAGCAAGUUAGAUCAACAAAUAUUAAGCCCUGUUUUUCAAAUAGUGGUACUUUCAUUGUGGCACCUUCUUCUUUUAUAAUGUUUGUUA